CGAACAAAUUAUCAAAAAUAAUUACACCGGAAGUACACGUUAAAAUGGAUGAAACUGAGGAGUUGGAACCCUCUUUGCGUAAUGUUAUUGAGCAAACUUCAUUAAAAUGGGUGUUUGUAGGUGGUAAAGGAGGUGUUGGGAAGACAACAACAAGUUGCUGUUUGGCCACACAGCUGGCCAAAGUUCGUGAAAGUGUUCUGAUCAUUUCAACCGAUCCUGCCCAUAAUAUUUCAGAUGCAUUCAGUCAGAAAUUUUCUAAAGUUCCAACCCUUGUCAAGGGUUUUCAGAACUUGUAUGCAAUGGAAAUAGAUCCAAAUGUAGGGUUAUCUGAAUUACCUGAUGAAUAUUUUGAACAAGAUGUGAUGAGCAUGAGCAAGACUGUUGUCUCUGACUUACUUAGUGCGUUCCCUGGAAUUGAUGAAGCCAUGAGUUUUGCUGAAGUCAUGAAACUUGUCAAGGGAAUGAACUUUUCCUGUGUGGUGUUUGACACAGCUCCGACCGGCCACACGUUGAGGUUGCUUUCAUUUCCCUCUGUAAUAGAGAAAGGACUUGGGAAAAUUUUGAGACUUAAAAAUAAGAUUGGACCAUUUGUUUCCCAGAUGGCUGGAAUUUUGGGCAUGCAAGACGUUAAUUCAGACAUGAUGUCUACUAAGCUGGAUGAAAUGAUGGGCACAAUAAGACAAGUGAAUGAACAAUUCAAAAAUGCGGACCAAACGACGUUUGUGUGUGUUUGUAUAGCGGAGUUCUUAUCGUUGUAUGAGACAGAGAGGCUUGUGCAGGAACUGACCCAGUAUGGUAUAGACACACACAAUAUUGUUGUCAAUCAACUUCUGUUCCUAAAACAAGGGGAAGAACCAUGCAAGCUCUGUAAAGCCCGGCAUCGAAUUCAGGCCAAGUAUUUGGACCAGAUCGCAGACUUGUAUGAAGAUUUUAACGUGGUCAGGCUGCCAUUACAGGAAGAUGAAGUGAGGGGAGUGGAGAAGAUCAAGAACUUCUCUAAAUACCUGAUAGAACCCUACAAGCAUUGUUGAUGUCUGAUUUAUUUAUAUCAAUAAAAUAAUUGUUGUUAUAUCUAAUGACUUGAACAAUUUAUAUUUAGGUCAGUAUUUACCUCCCAAAAUGUUGAAAUUGCAUGCUUUGAUAUAAAGUGUAUUCUUUUGUAUCUUAGAUUUGUGAAUGUACAGUAAAACACGCUUAUAAUGAAAUGCCAGGGACUUGCAACUUUGUUUUGUUAUAAACUAAUUCUUCAAAUCCCUUAGUAAUACAAUGUUUAAAACCCACACUGGGAAUGAAAAUCACCAUACAAUAAGCAUCAAAUCAUUAUAAGCGUGUUGGCUAUAAGCCUGUGUUACUGUAUACAGUAAUUUGACAAUAACUUGCAUGCCUUGUUUUUCUGCUACAUGUACGUAAUUAAAUACAGUAUCUAGAUUAUCUUACACUUGAUGUGCUCCCAUAGAAGAAUUUUGAAUUCCUGGUAAUAAGAACAUGCCUUCAUUCUGGGGUCCUCUGUUCUUUCUGGACCAGUUUUAAGAUGUGUUCAUAUGUUCUACCUGUUUGAAUUAUAAGUAUGCUGGCAUAGCCAUUAAACGGGAUAUUUUUACACGUGUCAAAUGUCAAUCUGGUUGUAGAAGCAGUCUCUGUUAAGGUGGUAUGGUACACUUCAUGUUGUGACGUAUUGUUUAUCAAAAUAAACAUAAAAUAAAGUGUAAUUAUAUAAAUUGGUUCUCUCCCAGUAUGGUCACCUAACAGUGAAGCGCAGUGAGUAAGAGAGUUUACUACGAAUCUGUAAGUCAUGAAUUCGAAUCCCACUUGUGUGUUUUACAAUUUUUACCUCUCUUAAUAUUUUUAAAGCCAUGGUUUGGUUAAAUAUUGUAAAAUUUGAAAAUUCUAAACUGGUGAAAGUAUUUCAAUUAUAAAGUACUUUAAUCCACAUUUAUAUCAAUCUAAUUAGAUUGCAUUUAUAUCGACAGAUGUCCUAUACCACCUUAAUUUAUUAUGUACAUAUCAUUUUCGAAUGUGUAAUUUAUUUUAAAAUUAAAUGCUCAUAUACAAGCUUGAUCAUUAAGACUGAUUACCUUCAUGCUAUUAUUUAACUACUGAUGUACAUAUUGUCUUUUUUUUUUUUAAAAUGACCAAUUGUUAAUUGAAAUUGAAAGUUAUUGUAGGAUUACAAUAUUGAAUAUUCAUUAAUGUAAUGCUGGUCUUUCAAGGGCAAUAACUUAUGUCUCAAUGAAAAGAUGGAUGAAUUAAUUCAUUAUAUUGAUUAUAAUUGAUUGUUUCACUUGAAAUGAAUAUUGAAUUAAAGAGAGUCCCUGUUGUACAUGUA